AAACACCGCUAGACAGAAAGACGAACAAAGUUUUUGACUUCUUUGCUUAAAUAAAAGCAAAAAAAUAUAAAAAAAAAUAAAUUUAAAAGCAGCGAAAAAUACAUGAAAAAUAAAAGUAUAAAAUACAAAUCUAAACAACUGUAACUGAAUGUUUUUCUUUUGAAAACUUUUAGUCGAUCACUAGUUGUCCAGAGUUAAAGUUCGUUUUCAAUCUAAACAAAAUAUAAUAUAUUUGUAUUAAUUAAAAAAGUUGGCAAAAUUAAUUAUGAAUUAAUUUUGAAUUAAGAAAGUAUUAAAGAAAAUCUGAAAUUUAAAAAAAGUGAGACUUUAAAAACUAAGUUAUAUAAAAUAAAAAACUAAAAUAAAAUAAAACUUUUUCAAAAUUAAAAAAAAGAAAAACUUUAAACAAGUUUAAUUUUGUUACACCUAUAAUGAGGAAGAACCAAUUAAUAGAUUAGAACCUGCUAUUGACUAUAUAAAGUCUGUGUAAAAGUACAACUUGAUUUAAAGCGAUUCUAUCUAUCUAUUUACUGAUCUUAUUGUCAUCGAAUUGCAAAUACAUCAUAAUAAUAAAUAUUUAUUAAGAGCUGCUUGCUGUUCUUAAUUAUGGAGUCGUCACCAUUUGUUUUGAAAACUUCGAAUACAAAACGUUUUGUUAUUGAGGACUCAAUAACAAAAGUGACAUCAGAUGGCCAACCUCAUGAAAUGAUGACCAUGAUAGCUGGACUAUCGGGUCUCUUGGCGGCUAUGGUCAUACUGACUGUGUUAAUAUUCCUAGUGGCCUGCAAAAAAUCCAAAAACAAACAUGAAUGUGAUAAAUGUUCGGAAACAGCUUCUACUACAGGUACCUCAACUGAGGCUGGAGAAAACCAUAGUAAAUGUUUCUCCACAGACACCAUUUACAAUCCCAAGCAAAUGCAAGGCAGAUCCAUUUCCGUUAUAUGUGGCAGGGAGGAUAAGCUGGGCUGUCGCAACAACAACAACAAGGGAAAUUUGCAAAGCAAUUUGAAUAAAGCCUUUGAGAGCAGUGAGCUGGAUUUGCACAGCUCCUUGGAGAGGCCCAAGCAAAAGAAGAAGACCCAUUGGCAAGAUGAAAUGGAAAUGCAAAGAGAAACUUGCAUACAAAUAGAACGUUAUUAAUAAAGUGUUAGACGCAACAGCACAGUGCGUAUUGCAACUAAAAUUAAAGUGAAAUGUAAACAAGAGACUGAACGGAAUUUUGGGCUAAAGAAGCAUUUGUGGCAUGAUGUUGCAAUGUCUAUAUUUUUCGUAUUCGAAUUAGAAUCUAAAUAUUAUCAAACAAAAUGUGAAACAAGCAAUUGUUUUUUUGUAUGUAUUUUUUAAGCUUUUAAACUUUGUUAAUUUUAUUAUAUAGUAUAUGUAUGUAGUUUAUUAUAAAUGAUAUUGUAAAAUAGUAUAUGUAUAUAAAAAAAGAGAAUAUAACUUAUGUAAAAAAUCCUAGUAAAUAGAAAAAUGCCUUCUAAAGUAAAUCAACAA